AUGGGGACACAAGCAGGGGGGGUGGGUGCACAGACAGGAGGGGAGGGAAUGCAAGCAGGGGGGCUUGAGGCGCUGCUGGGGGGGCUGGGAGGAUUGAGUGGUGUGCUGGCAGGUUUAGGGCGAAUAGCAGGCGAGGAGGGCGGCGGAAGGCGAGUGCUGGGAGGGGCAGCUCGAGAGGGAGCAGGGCGGGAGGUGGGAGGGGGUGGGGCAGCAAGCAGGAGUGCAGGUGGGGCGGAGGGGUGUGGGGCGGGUGGAGCAAGGAGGUCUAGUCAAGGGGGAGGCACGUCUGUGAAGGAGAGAGGCAAGGUGCUUUCAGAUGCUGUUGCUGCUGGAAAGCUGAGUUUGGAGGAAGCAAAGGAGUGGGAGAGGGUGAUGGAGGCGGAUGACGUGGCACAGCGCCACAUGGCGCCGCAAGAGAGGCUGUCAGAAGCAUAUCUGAGUGGAAGGUCAAGGAGAACAAGCAGAGAGCACCAGCAACGCUUGCACUCGGCGCCACCGCACACCACAAACAAGGAAGCAUCCGGAACGCAUGGCGCUGCUGCUGCUUGCCAGGAGCAGUUGGGGAAGGCUGGCGAGCAGAUUGCACGGGGCGGCGGAGAUCCCCCAGCCAGCUCUUCUGGUGCAACUCUUGCUGCGCAGGGGCCUUCACGGCGUCGGUUGCGAGAGGAGAAUGGCACUCCGAGCGAGGAGGAUGGUGUUGGUGGCAGCUCCAGGGGCGCCAAGCACCACAAAACAAUGGAAAGUGCAUGA